AUGAACGGUCCGGCAUCGUCUGCGCUCGCAAGAGUGGCAGCGAAUGGCAGUGUGCCCGGUGGUCCUCAAUCGAGUACAAACGGCUUCAUGCCAAAGCGACCGCAAGUAACAUCUACCUCGUCAUAUACCGGCGGCGAGAGCUUGCCAUCGAGUCCGAAGCUCGCAGGCAGUCCUUUGCUCCCUCAGGGCUGGCAGUCUCCUCGUUUGCAAGUCAGUCGCGCGGGCAGCGAGGAGAAAGAGAACCACACGCAGGGUGAUUUGGCUGGCUCGAACGGCAAAUCGAAUGGACCAUCAGUCUACAGAACCAGCAUUCUUGGCGAGCAUAAUCUCCAGACGCCACAGAGAGGGCCUUCGAGCCAUCGCUUCAGCGGUGUCACACCUGCAUCUGCCUUGUCAGCCGCUGCUUCCGCCCGACCGCGCGCGCCCCUGACUGCUCCCGAGCACAGCAACGUCCGCGUGAAGGCUAAGAUCAGCUCGGAAGCCACUCCCAGACGCAAAGUAGGUGUUGCUGGCGCUGAGCGAUGCGAUCGCCCUACCUCGACUGCGACGCCCGUGCGCACGCUCUCCCCCCAAAAGAGUCUCCUCAGUCUUCGAUCGCCGGGUAGCGGUAGCUUCGGCCAAGCCAGCGUAGGACUCGGUAUCUCCGAUACGAUCACUGCCGCUUCACUUGGCCCUGUAAGCUGUGCGGUCACCUACGGGCAAGACAAACGAGAUGCGCCCCGUGACCGCCAGGACAACGUCUUUGUCUGUGUUCGGAUGCGCCCUGCCGCUUCGGCUCUUGUCGCACAAGGUCAAGAUAACGGCGAGGAAGCCUGGGCAGCAGAAUGCGCGGAUGGCAAGAUCUCGCUCAAGGCUGCUUACGCACGACAAGGGUCAUCUCUGCAUGGCAGCAUGCUGGACAGGCCAGAGACUCAAUUUACCUACGAUGCCGUCGUCACAAGCACAAACAACGAGGUCGUCUAUCGUGAGGCGGGCAGACAGAUCAUCCUCGGCGCCAUGGAAGGCUUCGAUGGCGUCAUCUUCGCCUACGGCCAGACAGCGUCUGGAAAGACGCACACACUGACUGGUACUGAGAGCAACCCGGGCAUCAUCCCACGCGCGGUAACAGAGAUUUUCGCUUACAUACGCUCCCAGCCAGAGCGAGAGUUCCUGUUACGAGCAAGUUACCUCGAGAUCUACAAUGAAGCUCUCAAAGAUCUACUCGACCCGACGACAGAGGGCAAAGUUCGCAUCAGACAGGACGAGAACAAGCGCUUCUUCUGCUCACCCCUCCGCGAAGAAGUCGUAACAGCGGAACAUCAAGUCGCUGAGCUCCUGAAGCGAGGCGAGAGGAACAGACACACUUCGUCGACCGACUUCAAUGCUCGCUCAUCUCGUUCUCACUCGGUCUUCCAGAUGGUCAUCGAGUCACGCGACGUCACGUCCAAUGCCGUCGUUAUCUCGCAGCUUAGUCUCAUCGAUCUGGCCGGCAGCGAGAAGGCAACCAGCCAAUCAGAGCGACGCAUGGAAGGCGCGUUCAUCAACAAGAGUCUGCUGACGCUCGAAAAGGUCAUCUCUGCUUUGACGGAGACGAAAGCGAGGUCACAUAUACCGUAUCGCGACUCGAAACUUACGUCGAUUCUCCAACCUUCACUCUCUGGUGAAGCGCGCGUGGCGGUCAUCUGUACCAUCAACCCAUCCUUGACGGCGAUCGAAGAGAGCAAAUCGACACUCAAGUUUGCAGCUCGAGUCAAGCGCGUAGAGAUCCGUGCAGAGCGCAAUGAAGUCUAUGACGAGAAGGCGCUGAUUACCAAGUAUCAGAUACAGAUCGCUCACCUCGAAGCUCAACUUGAGGAGUCGAAAUCCCAAGAAACAUCGGCGCAAAGCAUUAAAGAAUUGCAAAAACAGAUGGCGGACCUACAGAGCCUACUUGUUAGCUCGAAGACAGUCGAUGCCAAGGAUCAGCCGGUCGCGCCUAGAGCAGUAUCGCCUGUCAAACAAGGGGCGGAGCCCGAAGCACAGAAGCUACUUGACGAGCUGGAUCGUGAGAGUGAGCGUAGCGCGCUGCUGCGAGACGAAGUCGAUACGCUUCAGACUCAGAAUGCCAAUUUGCGAGCCGAUAUCGAGCGUCUCGAGCAAUCGCAACCGGCAAAUUCGAGUAGCGAUCGCAUCAGGUCACUGCAGGAAGAAGUGAAACAGCUACAGAUGAUUAUCGAGCACGACAGUCGAGAUGUCGAAGCUGCAGUCAGGCACGAGCGUCGUCGGGCGGACAGGGAACGUCAGACUAAAGAAGCCGAAUACGAUUUGCUCAAGGCAUUCUCUGAUCGACAGCGUCAGACCAUCGAUGACCUCGAGAAGAAAAUGAGACAGCUAGAGGAGAUCGCUUUGCGCAAGCUCAAUUCCGCGAUAGCGGUCGCGUCUGGCCAGCAACCUCUGCCGCGAAGCGAGACCUGGCUCCCGUCUCUGCUGGACGAAUCCGAUGACCUGACAAUGAACGCAGCGAGCGAAGACGAUUCCUUCGAUAGAAACAAUCUGCAAAUGUUGACGCAGGAUCUUCGCAUCGGCUAG